AUGUAUAUAUCUUUGUGCAUAUCUGUAUAUUUUCGUUUUGCUUUAUUGUCACUGUUUCGAGUCGUCGCUUUGUUGGUUAGUUGGUUGGUUGGCUGGUUGGUUGGUUGGUUGGAUAGUUUGGUUAGUUUGGUUGGUUCGAUCGCUGGGAUUGAUGGUUGGUUGCAUUUCGGUGGGUUGGACGAUGUCGCGAUGGUAAACGUAUUGGAUGAUUUCGUAAAAAGUUUUAUCGAAGAACAUGAUCAGUGGCAUCGUGAUUCGCUAGCGAAAAUUCAAAUGUCAAUUGAUGAAGUACGACGAGUAUUGAAUGAUUUAAUGGAUGGUGAUGCUGAUAAUGGUGGUGAUAAUCCAUCACUUGAAAAACUUGGGCAGAUUGUUCUCGAGACAAGUCUUGAGAAAUUAUCUAAUGAAUUGCAGGAGACAAAGGAUUGUCAUUUACCUUUGCAUUCAUACCUAACAAAAGCUAAAAAACAAAUCGAUGAAGUUUUUUUCGCAAAUCUUGAUUGGUACUCGAAACCUGGAAAGAAGUUCGAAUCUGAUUCAAAUCUACAUAAUUUAAUAAAUCAUUUGAUUGUAGAACAUUUAAAAUGCGAUGGAUUUCUAGAAGUUGCUGAUAUGAUGCUUAAUGAAAUAGGGCCACUAUCAUCUUCAUCAUCCGAGUUACCAUCAUCGACAAUGGCAUAUGACGCCGAUGUUAUGUUACAUAUCUUACAAGCAAUGAUUAAAAAAGAUGCACGCCCUGCGAUAAGUUGGCUCGAAAAAUAUGCACCAAAUGAAGAUGACUUAAUAUUUGACCUUGAACGACAAGAAUUUAUACGAUUAUUGCGAAAAGGCAAUCAGAUGGAAGCAUUGGAUUAUGGAAAACGUUUGUCGCGUAAAAUCGAGGAAGCAAAAACACUUUUUUGGUGUAUAGUUGAUAAAGAUCGUGAAGAAAAUUUUCCAGAAUUUUUUGAUGAUUCUCUUUGGCAAAUUUUACAGCGACGUGUUGCACGAAUAUUUAGUGGUGUCGAUGAUCAUCUUAGAACGAUUAUUGAAGCAGGAAUUAAAGCACUUCCACGUUUGGUUGCAGUACGGCCAAUUCUAAGUAAUCAAGAUGUUUUUGCUGUUGGCGAGUUGCCUACUUCAACUGAUGCGCCACUUCGUUAUCAUUCUAGAGUAAUAUGUCCUACUAAAAAGGUGCAAUGUACUGAAGAAAAUCCACCAAUGCGUUUGCAGUGCGGUCAUGUUGUUUGUCGGGAUGCAGUUCUCCGAUCUAUCGUUAGUGGGCUUCAACAACCAAUUCAUUAUACAAAUAUACAAAGUGUGCCAUUUGCUCGUGUUACAUGCAACUAUUGUGCUAGGGAAGGAUCGAUUUUAGAGGCAAAAAACCUCCACAUAUAA